AUGGACUCGAGUGAACGGAAGAAACAAACUCAUUUGCGCUGUGAACGACAACGACGUGAAGCUAUUAAUGUAAUAUUUACUUUUUUAUUUUUUUUUUUACUUUUAGUUCUGGUCCAAAAGUGCGUAGAAUUGGCGUUUAUAAGCACUAGCCCUAGUUUUAACUUCAGUUUAAGACCUGGGUUGAACAGAAGUUUUGGCGCUGAUUUGUAUUGGAACUAGUGGUAAAGAGCGACAGGACUUUUUAUGAGCUUGCUAUGUUCAAUUUUGGUCAUUUUUUGGAGUUUCUAUGAACUUUUUGACCUGUAAAAAUUAAAAAUUAGGUAGCAAAAUGAAAAAAAUCUUGAAAAUUUAACUUUCUUCGAACUUCAGAGUGGCUACAGUGACCUAAAAGAGCUUCUGCCAGCCUCAACCUCGUUCGCCGGCUGUAAAACCACGAAUGCGUCGAUAUUGUUCAGAGCGGCCGACUAUGUAAAACAACUUGAUGAAGAGAUUGUGGAAAAAGAGAAACAACUCAAUGGUUUGUCAUCCCAACAAGCCGCCAUGUGUAUGAUCAUUCAGCAGUACGAGAACAUGGGCGCGGACAAGCCUCAGGCCAUGCAAAUCCAAAUUGUAAGGUUUUUUUGGUAUUGUUGGGUUUGUAUUUUACUUAAAAGGCUGGCUUGGUAAAUUAAAAAUUUGGGGGUGGAUUUUAAAAUUUGAUAUUUUUGUCCAUAGGGCAAGUAAUAAGUUUGACAUAUGAUAUUUGAGGGGCGCAAAAUUAAGUGAACGACCUAAUAAGAUUAAUUACGGUAAGCUUAUGUUAGAUUUAGUGGUAGGUAGACUAUAACAGGCAUAGGUAAGGUAGCUGGUUGAGUAAGUAUAUGUUAUGGUACGGCAGAGCUAGUUUGGGUAGUAAAGGUUAGGGUGAUACUGCAUGGCUAGAUCAGAGUUAAUAUACGGUAGGGUGAGGUUGGGUAGCAUAGGGUAAGGUACGGUUUGGUAGGGUACGGUAUAACUAGAGUAGACUUAGGUGAAGGCUAAACAAUUUUAGGGUAGGGCAUGGUAAGGUCACAUUAGGGCGGUGAGAAAACUAAUGUGGGUAGGGUAGGGUAAUGUACGGUGGGGUAAGGCAGGGUAUGGUAUGGUAGGGUAGGGUAAGAUAGGUUAGAAUAGGAGUAUGGCAAGGUAUGUAAAGUACUGUAGGGUAAGGUGAGGUAAAGGAAAAGCAAGCGACAUCAUUUUUCAGUACUAUUCUCUGUAUUUUAGCUUAAAACCUUCCUGGACGAAUGCUUCAACUCCUUUGCCAAUGAUGUUCAACUAACCGAUUACCAAACCCUAACCAAGUCAUUGUUAAUGUGGGUGGAGAAGGUGCCAUACGAUGAGAUUCUGCACAAAAUGAUGGAUCAAACCAAGUAG